AUGCUAGACCACGAUGAAUCAAAAGCAAAAUUUAUUAGACUGGGUAUUAUAGGCAAUUGUGGCUGUGGUAAAUCAUCAUUAUUAAGACGAAUCAUUUCUGAUGAUUUCACAAUAUUAUAGUUAGGGAUAGGUCCUAACACCUGUCACCAGCAGGUUGAGCCUAUAAACCAAGCUUAGUGAGAUAAGUCAAAGUUUCUUAAGAGUCUUGGCUUGACGAGAAAAGGUCGGUGCUGAGGCUGGUAUUGACUAGAGAAGUCUGGAAGGGCUUAUUAACUUUAACUGUUUGACGGUUAGGCCGGUCCACCUACCGCUAUUCAGAGCUGUUAAUGUAGCUGGACUUCAAGUAAAACAAGAUUUAUAGCACUGAUGUGCAAGAGUAAUUCUAUUAAACUUAAACUGAUGAUUUUUCUCUUGAGCGGUCUAAAACUAUUUAUUGUGAUUGGCCUAGGGUAUCCUUGUUUCAUUUGAAUCGUGAACUUAUAUCCAUAAUAAAUCAAAUAACGUCCUAAUAUAUAGCAAGAAGAGUAUAUGAUAUAAACAAAAUUUGUACGGUUAGCUACUCAGGAGAGGUUAUUUAAGCAAAAUAUUAUAUUUCAAAUUAGAGAUACUGCAUCUCAAGAAAAAUUCGGGCCAAUGCCUCGUAUGUUUUACUAUAACUUGGAUAUAGUUCUAGUAUUAUUUGAUGUUUGCAAUCGUACAUCGUUUGAAAAUAUUGAGACCUGAAUUAAAGAGGCAAGAAGAAAUAAUUCAAAGGAUGCAAUAAUGAUUGUUAUUGGAAAUAAAACCGAUAAAGAAGAUAGAGAAGUAACUUAUGAAAAGGCAUUUUUAAAAUGCCAAGAUUUGAUGUGCUUUUAUUUAGAGUAUAGUGCAAAAAACAGAUUUAAUCAUUCUAGCCUAUGAAAAGCUAUAUGUGAAAUAUCAUUAAGGCAAUUGUAA